CCACAUAGCGGCUCUUCAUCCACAGAAUCCUAUUGCAAUUUAUAAACUGUCGUUUAAUUUGCGGAGUGAGGAAAACCGGAGAAAACCACUCGAAGCCCAGAAGAGAACCAAAAAGCAACGUCCUCUUCUCGAAGCCGAGUCCGGGAAUCGAAUACCGGGUCGCUUUGGUUUAUAUACGCCCGUGCUUUACCUUAUGCAAAAUGUUCACUAUUACAUUUCUCACUUGAUGAAAGAAAGACCACACGUAAAAUAUAGAAAUCAUGAGAGUAGGCAUGUGAAGAUAACGAGACUGUUUUACGGCGUUCCCCAUACAAUCCUAAUCAUAGAAGAUAGGUUUUCCACUAAAACUCACAUUUAAGUUGAGUUGGUUUUUAAAUAAGUUGUUCUCUCCCUUGCCACGGGGAUUGUUUUUGUGGAUACUCCGGCUUGGUGCAUGAAGGCCAAAACACCUGAAAGUGCCUCCUGUUUGUCGGCUUAAAAACAAAAGACUCAUAUUGAAUAGAAAAAUGUCCUCUUUAAUAAUCACAGAUUUUUGUGCUCGCCGUACAAACUCAACACUAUGUGAACGCUACUUAGAAGUACGCACUACUUUGAAUUUAUCAAGGAUAUUGAAAGACAAAGAAAAAUCCAGAUCUUGUUUUAGAAUGUGCAGUGGGUUUUCGAGGCAAGGAGAUUCGGCCUUCCAUUACAACUGCUUCUGUGACGAGCUCUGUGGACAUUAUCAAGAUUGCUGUGUUGAUUAUCAUCUAUGGUGCAAAAGUAGUUCAGAAGCAGUUCAUACAAAUUUCACCUGCCGCUUUGUUCACGGAGAGAAGCGAACUGGAUUUCUAAUGAUUGACACCUGUCCAUCAACAUUUAAAAGUAAGAUCUUGAAGCAGAAAUGCGAAGAAGAGAGUGACGAAUUGCUGACAAUUCUUCCCGUUACAGACGCGGCCGUGAAAACCACUCUUUACAAAAAUGUGUUUUGCGCCUUCUGUAACGAAGCUAGAAAUCUCAAGUACUGGAAAGUCGAGAUUCCAAAAAACUUUGUUAAAAAUGGGGGAAAUCAAACGUUGGAAGAAAUUUUGGCGCAGACAAAAAAGUGGAAGUUUAUCAACCCCGACAAUUACAGUAAAUACCUUAGUUACUGUAAACCGCAACAUCCAGGAUGUAAGAAUGGAACCUCAUUGGCUCAUUUGUUGCGCAUGAAUAAGAGCGAGUUAGAAACUAUUUGUAACUCCUAUUCCUUUCCACUGGAGGUUUGUCAUCGAAGUAUUUCUAAUGGAAAAAUUCACAGAAAUUUGCAUUGCAUGUUGUGUGAUGGGAUUCGAAUUCGCUACAAUGACACUAUGAGCUGCCAUGAUACGGAGGGGGGGCUCAUUUCCCAGACUAUUGCGUUCGACUUCGUAGCUCACGACAGCGCAGGAAACCCUCAAGAUAAAGAAACCACCCGAACCAUACGCUAUCGCUGCGAUGCCAUGUCUGCUUACAAUCCGUUUACAAACAAAUGCCAUAGUUUAAACGGAGAGAGCACGAUGAAUAACAGAACAAACGUUUCAGGACAAGUAAUUAAGAAAGUACAAACGACUCUCCUCAAUUCCACGUGCAUGGAAGUGUCUGGAAACAGUUCUCAGAAUAUUUCUGUUCUCUCAAAUGGUUCUCUCCUCAUCAAUGGAAAAAUACGCGAAGAUAUAAAACUUGAGGUAAUCGAUAACAGUUCGUACAUUUGUUGGAAUAAUUACACUGAGUCGUAUACAUCCCGAGGGCAUCCCGAAAAAGGGCCACACAAAACCGUGUUAGGAAUAAUCACGGCUGUUUGUUUUGCCCUCUCUACAACUUGCCUUCUCUACCUUCUUGUCACUUACACCAUCUUUCCAGAGCUCAGAACAACUCCAGGAAAAACCGUCAUGAGUCUGUCAUGUGCGCUAAUGCUAUAUAUGGCUUGUCACUUGCCCCUGACGUCAACCUCGUACCCAGUUCUCUGCGUUGGUAACGCAAUCGUCCUUCACUAUGCAGUGCUUUCUGUUUUUGCGUGGCUGAGUGUCCUCGCUUUCGAUAUUUCCAAGCGCUUCGGAGGCAAAGCCAUUGAGAGAGUGGCAGCUCGAGCAGACCGUUCCCAAAGUACAGCAAGGAAGAGAUGCGAUUCCUUGUUCUUCAAGUACUGCGCAUACUCCUGGGGAAUGCCGCUGGCCAUAAUUUCUGCCUGCAUCGUGCUUGACGUCACAGACACCUUCAGCUUUGGAUAUGGUCAAGGGCUAUACUGCUACAUAUCCUCACAUGGCAUCAUGGCUGCUGUUGUCGCUCCCGUGACUGCCAUACUUCUCUUUAACUUCACAGCUCUAGUCAGGACCGUUUAUGGAAUCAACAAACUCAAGAAGGAUACUUCAAUAGCAUCCCAAAGCUCGUCUCAGUCUUCCUCGGGUAUUCUUUACCUGAAACUAACUUGUCUCUUUGGGUUGUCAUGGAUACUGAACAUCAUCUUCGCAUUUACUCAAAACAUUUUCGUGGCAUACUUGGCGGUGAUUCUCAACUCUUGCCAAGGUAUAUUCAUGUGCCUGGGAUUCUGCUUCAAUGAACGCGUCCUCUCUUUCUACAAGGCAAAGCUUGGUAUUGUGCCCAAACCGACACAUUCUCAGGCGUCAUCCAAAAGGUCAAAUACCGACUCCACUUCAACAAGACUGUAGUAAGAUGAGUGCGAGGGAGAACACGAGUUAAAAAAAUUCGUCCUCCCUCCCGACCCACCCCUACAAAUAAUGGACAGUGUCUUUACGCACAUCGCAUUUAUGUUAAGACAUUGUAUACACUAAUUUCAAUAAAGUUAGUCACCUGAAAAGCUGAGACUGGCAAGGAUUAUGGGUAGAUACAUAUUACAUGUUUUAACCGCUUGAUAACUGUUGAUGAACUUGAGAUCUUCUACGAGUUACAAGUUAACCUCCUCUGAGUAUCCUCAUCCUCUGCAGUUUGAGUCAAAAGCUUUACUUGUUGGAUAUAAAACAUUUCCUCAUGAUUCUCGGCGAUCACCGCUUUCUAGCUUUUUGGCGACUAACUUUAUUGAAAUAAGUAUAUAACAGUAAGUUACUAUAAUUUGCAACAAAACAUAACAGAAUGAUUUUAAGAUUUGGCAGUAAUGUAAUGAUUUGAUUAAGAAAAUAAGACAUUUCGAUGACAUCCUGUCAUCAACAUUUGAUGACAGAUUCAUUCUUGCUCCUGCGUUUGCUGCUUGUAAUCAGUAUUGCUGACGAUGAGUUGAAUUUCUCUAAACAUGUUCAUAAAACUAUAAAAUAUAAAUAA